ACUCUGUCAUUAAAAAUCGACUGUGUUGAAUCCCUCCAGGUGAUAUUCUCGGCCUGUGAGCUGGGAGUCUUUGACCUCCUGCUGAAGUCCCCGGAGCCCCUGAGCGCCCAGCAUGUAGCCCGGGAGCUGAGCACCAGCGUGGACGGGAUGGAGCGGCUGCUGGAUGCACUGGUGGGCAUGGAGAUCCUGGAGGUGGAGACCACAGACGGGACAGCUUUGUACAGCAGCACCGACGUGGCUAAUCUUUACCUGGCCAAAGGCAGCGGCAAGUCUCUUCACGACAUGAUCAUCUACCAAUCCCAGACCAUCUACCCGCUGUGGAACAACCUGGCGGACGCCGUCAGGGAGGGGAAGAAUCAGAACGAAAAGACAUUCGGCCUUCCACCCGAGGACGUCUUCCAAGCUGUCUACAGAUCAGAGGAGGAGAUGCUGAAAUUCAUGGGUCUGAUGAACUCGUCGUGGAUUCUUGACGGACACGACAUUGCGACGGCGUUCAACCUCUCCUGCUUUCAGAAGAUAGUAGACCUUGGAGGAUGCACCGGGGCUCUGGCCCGUGAGAUGGCGAAGGCGUACCCGUCCUCCUCCGUCACGGUGUUCGACCUCCUGCCGGUCAUAGAAACGGCUCAGAAACAUUUCUCUCAGGAGAACGACGCCGUUGUGUUUCAAAGCGGAGAUUUCUUCAGCGGUGAAAUUCCUCCUGCUGACCUGUACGUUCUGGCCAGAAUCAUUCAUGACUGGCCUGAAGAGAAGUGCCUCAUGCUGCUGAAGAAGCUCUACGAUGCCUGCAAACCAGGCGGCGGCGUCCUGCUGGUGGAGGCCAUGCUGUUUGAGAACAGACGAGGCCCCGUCACGGCUCAGAUCUUCUCCCUCAACAUGCUGGUGCAGAUGGAGGGUCGGGAGCGCCCGCCGUCCGGCUACACCAGCAUCCUCAACAAGAUCGGCUUCCGUAACAUUGAGGUGUGCCGGACCGGCAAGUCCUACGACGCCAUCCUGGCCGUGAGAUGAGCAUCGGGACGGUCGAGAGAGGUGGCCAUGUUGAACCUUUCAAGGCCUUGAAAAGGUUUGGAGUGGGACAUAAACAUACAAGCUCUGUUUCCAGUCUCCGUGGACAUUCAUUCCCAGUUUAUGUUGUGGUCAACCUCAGUGAUGUUUUCAGAUAUUGUGAUAAGAGUUUUUUGCAGAUGAAAAGAUUGAUACCACUCUUACGUCUGUACGCCAAAUAUGAAGCUUCAGGCAGCAGCCAGUUAGAUUAGCUUAGCAUAAAGACUGGAAACUAGUGGAAACAGCUAGCCUGGCUCUGUCCAAAAUCAGCCUUCCAGCACAUCUAAAGAGCACUAAUAAACACGUUAUGUCUCUUUCUUUUAUACAAAAACUGAGGAGUAAAUCUUUGAAAAACAUCAAAAGUAAAAACGACACUGCUGCCAGAAAGCAUUUCUACAAACUGUGUGUGUAUAAUUAUUCAUGAACGGUAAAAGCAUCUGUUUGGUUAUUUAUCUGUUUUCAAGAAUUUAGGAACCUUGAGUAAAAAAAAAAAGUAACAUUUUUAGAAAGCGCUGAAUUUUGGAGAACCAGCCGUGUGUUGUGUUUUGUGAUGUUGUGCAUCUGUGUGUUCCUGUUCACUGCGAUGCGUUCACGGUCCCUCUCGGGCUGCAUGUAGGACAAACCUCAGCUUAUUGUCAUCAUUCCUGUGUUAUUUAAACAAACUGUUCUUUAGAUGUUUGUUGCAUUCACAGGACAACAGAAAGAUAUUUACAUCAUUUCAGCUUUAAAUGCGUACGUCACAUAUUGAAUACAUACCAGUGGAAGUGAUUUCCUUGUAUCACAGUAGAUGAGGUGUGAAUGCAGAAUAUCAAGCUGUUUGAUGGAAACCUAUAAAACUGUCCUUUUUUUGUUCAGCAAACGGUUCUGUACGCUUGUUUUCUGUCCUCUGAUCAUUCCACAUGUUUGCAGCAUGUAUUAAAUCAAA